GUGAUUCGGUUAACCAUUGAACUCAAAUUAGUCUCUGUUAAUUGACUUAAUUCCAGAUAAUACAAGCAAAAAUGUCUUGCAAUGGAGGAAACUGUGGAUGUGGCUCUAGCUGUAAGUGCGGCAACGACUGCGGAGGGUGCAAGAUGUACCCUGAUUUGAGCUAUACGGAGGCUACUGCAACCACCGCUGAGACGGUCAUCCUUGGCGUUGCACCUCAAAAGACAUAUUUUGGGGAUUCCGAGUCCGAGAUGGGUGCUGCUGCAACUGAGAAUGGGUGCAAAUGCGGAGAUAAUUGCACUUGCAAUCCAUGCAAUUGCAAAUGAAGCACUAGCACUACGUCAGAAUCAAAAGCAGAGUUGAACAAAAAAAAUGAGUAUUAGUAAUGAAUUGUAUGAAUGUUUUGGGUAAAUCGUCAUUAUUAGUUGAUGAUGAUUAAUAUGUGCCUCUAUAAUAAAGUGGCCAUGAGAGUUGUUGAUUUGUGGCUGGUUGAAGUCUGAAGUAAUUUAUAAUGUUUGUAAUAUCGUCUCUGCUUAAUUAUAUACCGAAAAACCAAAAUUUCUUUCA